GUCGCGGGGAGGCCCGGCAGGAGGCUGCGCGUCCGGGGCGGUGAGGGCAGUUUUCCCGGCGUUUCCCGGUGAAGCUGGGGGUUGUCGGGCAGAAGCAACGGCGUCUCGCUAGAGGAGGGAGUCAGUGCGGCCGGGUCGCUGAGGACUAAGGGAGGCGGCCUGCGGCAGUGGGUAGUUCACCGGGCUGCAGCUUUGCUGCUUCUCUACUUUUUGGAAGACUCAAUCUGUUUGUCAAGCAGGCUGAUCCUUCUCUGUUGCUUUACUGAUGCCGGGUAGCAAAAACUAGUUGCCGGCUUCCAUACCCGUUGGGAUGUGUAAUUAAGCAUGCUGCUUCAACACAAAAGAUGAACUUUAAGGCCUUUUCAGACACAGAGCAGUCAACCCAACUGCUGCAGUAGAGGGAGAUAUGUGCCACCAUGGCUAGAAGAGGGAUUUAACCCUUGCAGAAAGAAGAAGUGUCAGCCUAGGAAGCAGCAGUAGUCCUGCAUUGGCUCCUCCCAGGUAACUUCAAAUAGGCAUUGCCAAUGGAUGAGCUGGUGCACGACUUGGCCUCAGCUUUAGAGCAGACUUCAGAGCAAAACAAACUGGAUGAGCUAUGGGAAGAGAUGGCGCUAAGCCCACGGCAGCAGCGGCGUCAGCUUCGCAAGAGACGGGGUCGUAAACGACGCUCAGACCUCACCCACCAGGCAGAACAUGCCUGCUGCUACAGCGAGGCCUCAGAGUCGAGCUUGGACGAAGCUGUCAAGGAUUGCCGUGAGGUGCUGACAGCUAAUUUCAGUGACUCUGAUGACAUGGCAGUGGUCAAACGGCAUCCAGCUCUUAGUGCCACCCUGAGGAGCAAGCAACACUUGUGGCAUGAGUCAGACUCCUUUACAGAGAAUGCACCCUGCCGACCUCUCAGGCGCCGACGGAAAGUCAAACGUGUGACAUCAGAGGUGGCUGCCAGUCUCCAGCAAAAGCUCAGGGUGUCAGAGUGGAACUGUGAGAGGGGCUGCAGGUUCAAGUCAGCCAAGAAACAGCGUCUUUCACGCUGGAAAGAGAAUGCCCCUUGGACAUCAUCCAGUCAUGGCCUUUGCGAGUCAGGAGAGAACAGGCCCUUCCUCAGCAAGGGGGGAAGGAAGGAGCGGAUGGAGUGUGAAGCCGAUGAUCAGAAACAGGGUUCAGAUGAAAACAUGUCGGAAUGUGAAACCAGCAGUGUUUGCAGCAGCAGUGAUACUGGCCUGUUUACCAAUGACGAAGGCCGCCAAGGAGAUGAUGAGCAAAGUGAUUGGUUUUAUGAGGGGGAGUGUGUUCCAGGAUUCACUGUCCCCAACCUUCUUCCCAAGUGGGGAGCUGAUCACCGGUCUGAAGUGGAGAGGAUUGACUCAGGCCUGGACAAGCUCUCUGUUUCCACCUUCCUUUUGCCCUCACAGCCAGCUCAGAGAGGAUUUCAUGCUCGCCUGAAUCGCCUUCCAGGAGCUGCCGCCCGUUGUCUCCGUAAAGGUCGAAGGAGGCUGGUUGGCAAGGAGACCUCCAUGAGCACUCUGGGCACCGAGCGGCUAGGUCAUAUUGUUAGUGAUCCGCGCCAGAAAGAAAAGAACACAGUGCUGGCUUCUGAUUUCCCACACACUGUGGCCUGUGCACUUGAGUUCAAUCCAUUAUCUCCUCUGUACUCUCUGGAUGUGCUUGCUGAUGCUUCCCACCGAAGAUGCUCACCAGCACACUGCACUGCCAGGCAAGCAAGUGUCCACCUGGGACCACCAUGUUCAAGGGACAUCAAGAGGAAGCGAAAGCCAGCUGCAGCCUCCAUGUCUAGCCCAACAUCAGCAACUUUAUCUGUCCACAUGGAUGCAGCAGAAUCAGAGCUACCAGCAACACCAUCCUUGAGAUCCCAGAGCUCUGAGUGGACUGGGAAAACACCAGCAGCUGAGAAAUCUACUACUACUGCCUCCAGUAACUUUUUUAAAAUGCCACCAGAGAAGAGCCCUGGAUACAGCUAAAAGGAAGCAUUGCAACUGUAAAGGCUUGCUCGAUUUUGGAAGUGUUUUAUUCUGGUGUUUGUCUGCACCAAACAUCUUGUUUGGCAGUAGUAGUAUCUUCCAUAUUGGUGCGUCAUGCGUGCCAUCAUCCAGGCUGGUCUGUGUGCCUCACACAUCUAAAUCAUGUUUGUGAAUCUAUGUUUAAGAAAAGGUAAUCAGUGUUGGGACGUCAGUGGCUUUUAGAAAUUUUCCUGCAUCACUGUAUUUAUUAUGAAUCCAUCUCUUUCCCUGAUUCCAGCUCAUAUGUAAUGGGUCAUCUACAGGUUCUUUUGGGUUUUCAAAUCUUUAUUCACCCCCUGGACUUGUUGCUUGUUUGUGUAUUUGGCAUUUUCAGGGUGAAAGUCCCACUGCCAUUCAGGAAGGCAGGAAUCUCCAUCUGCUUGCUUCCAGACCAGAAGGAUUUCUUGCCUGAGGAAUGAGGAGGGAAUACUAACACAUUAAAACAUGGAACCUGAAUCCUGUAUUAGCAGAAUGUUUUCUGGCCAUGUGCUAACAGACUCAAAUCAUGUUGCUUUUGGCAAAGCAAAUAUGGUGCUUGUCCACGUAGAAAUUGCCAUUAGCUCACUGGCAGCAUUGUCCAUUCGACCUUUUCCUUCUCCCUUGUUAUGAAUGUCUUCAGUCUUUAUUGUGUAUUGCAUGUUCAUUCCUAAACCUCCUACUGGAUAAGGAUUUGGGAGAAUUACUUGGACGUAAAUGUGGGAGCUGGUGUCCUGGAUAGAAAUCCGGAGUCUUGAAUAUUAUUGCAGUAUGGUAGAAGAGUAUACAAAACAUCCAUAUCUCAGUGUAUAAAUUUAAAAAUGUCUUUUAGCAUUUCUAAAGGAUGCUUGUUGAAGUUAACAUGCCAUUGAACAAAAAAGCCAUUUAAAGUGUCACCUGAGUUCAGAGUGUCAUAGGCAUAGAUCAGACUCCUUCUCUAUCAUGCUUCCUCUUCCUUCAAAAGUAUUGUCUGCUAUGCCUACCGGAGGUGUCUCCACCUGCUGAUGAUUGCACAUUGCACUGCAGUGUACAAUAAAGAGAUUCUCUUCGUGGAACUUCCACUUGGUCUGCUGUUACCUUCUGUGUUGCAGAAAAUAUGGACAGGGAUUUCUUCCCUCUGUAAUAACUCUGGAGCUUAUCUUGGACUAUGUUUUCAGAAUAUGUACCUGUACAGCAUGUACCAAGGAGCAGGUGGCCUCACAGCUUCUUAAGUCCUUUAAGUCCUAUUUGUAUGAAUAGAACUUUUUGCUUUCCUCAUGUGGAGCUUUCAGACAGGACUGUUUAAACUUGUAAAGUCUGUUUUGAUUGUGGCAGUGCAUCUAGCACUCUUAAGCAGACAGCAAAAUUUGCGUGAUUUUACUGAUUUUGCGGUGUUCUGUUCUCUUAUGAAUCAAGUGACUGAGGGAUAGAUUUAAUUGGGGGAAUAUGAAGCAGUGAUUUAUUUUAGCUGAGUAUUAAAAUGGGAAAUGAUCAUAAUAUACAGAAAACAAACUGAAUGACUUGCUAAAUCAUGAUUGGUGGAUGUAGUUAGUUAUACUACAUGCACACUGUGUCUGAUCCCCUAAUACCUACUUAUUCUUGGGGAGACAUCCAAAUUGGAUUUAUAUUUUGCAGUACAAGCAAACUGUCAGAUCUGUCUCUAUAAAUCCUUCUCAAAACUUUUUUUUUUUUCUUUUUCUUUUAUUUUUUUUUAUUUUUAUUUGGGGUGGUACAUUUUAGAAGUAAUUAGAACGGGGAAACCCUUUUUACCUUAACGAAGGAAUACAGAAGUCCGUUUGGAUUACAGGACAGGCUGUAACAGUUUAUAAAGGAAGUAGUGUUCCUGUUUUAAAGUUGUCAUGGCUUUGUCUUAUUUGUAGCUGUUUUGAGCAAUGAUGCCUAAGGGGUAACACAGGAAGUUUCAGCACUGGAGGGCCCGUAAUCUAAAACAUCUGAAAAGAAGGUAAACCUGAAGAGUAGUAGCUUGACUAUCUAGUACUCAUGAAUACAGUGAAUGGGAAAGGUGAUGAUGUUCUCCUGACAACUUGCAGAUAAAAUUUAGGAUUUGAAGCCUUGUAAUCUAAACUGCAUGCUGUUGUAAUGAUAAUGAGUGGUUCCCUAAAAGACCAUUUGUGAAAUUGACUGGUUUUGAUCUCAUGGAGUAUCCUCCACAGCCUCUCAUGGUUUGAGUCUGUUCAACAGAUUUACUCAGAUUACUGACCAUUCAGCUUUAUGCAAUAAAUACAAUUUAUUUUAUUUAUAUACAAUUUUCGCCAUUGUAUUCCCUUUUAAAAAUCAAUUGUGAUAUAUCUUGCUACAUUCUGAGUAUUCUUGAGUAUUGUCCAAAUAGUUUUUUCUCUUCCAUUAUGUCAGGAUGUUUUAAAAACUUUUUCAAGAAAGGCGUUAGGGAAUCAAGAGCCUUCAUCACAUUGUGGUGGUGGAGGGGUGGGUUGCAAUGCUUCAUGUGAUUUUUCUCUGGGUGCAGGGAAAGAGAAUUUAUCAUAUUUUCCUAUUGAGGUCAGUAGCAGUGUUAUCUGGUUAAGCCCUUACUUAGGUUGUAAGCUCCUAGGAGAUAUUUCUUGCCUUUAAAGGCGGAUUGUACCCAUGGCAGUACUGAAGAGCAACUGUGGCAGUGUCUUGACAAGCCACACUUCCUGCCAUGGCAAUUUUCUGGAAGUUCCAGGAGACUCCAAUUAUUGCAGCUGCCCUGUCUUUUCUAUUUCUAGGUUAGAGUCCAUUUACAAAUCAGUCAGAUUCUCAACCAAAUUUGAUUCUCCUGAGUGGUCAGCAACCUAAAUGGAUCAUGUAUCUUGUUACUCUAGGGUAUUUAUCAAAAUAUAUCUUCAGACUUCAGUAACUUGAUACAGAUUUUAGUAUCUGCAGCAUUCUUGGAUGAAUAAAAUAAGUCCAUUGUUU